CGAGUUAUCAGAGUAUCAACCAUGAAAACACCUUAUUUUCAUACACGAAAUAUUUUGUCCUUAUUGUCGUCUUCCAUCGUCUUCUCUUAACUGCUGAAAAAUGUUUAACCGCUAUACCCGGUUUUCUUAUCUGCGAAACAUAAUUAGUGCAGAAUAUGGUUCUCCAAUUCGUAGAUAUGUGACAUUAUUACCCAUGCAUGGGGCUUCGCGCUCUUAUUUGCGUAGCCAUCAACUACAUCUAUUACUCGAUGCUUACUACAGAAGUUCAGUUCAUAUUCUACAAGAAACCGUGGAACUCAUGUCGCCUCCUAAUGACGUUCCCUAUAAAUGCCGGAUUGCAGUAUGCCUAAAGACAAAUUCUGAUAGAGAAGAGGAAUUACAGUUAUUUGUGAAAUUACUAACGGACGAUCCAGACGACUUAAUAAAGAUAGCGAAUGCCUAUAUGAGAGUAGAUCAAAUGAUUAAAAUGAAAAAAGAAAUUCAAAUAUAUACUGUUGUUAUUGCGGCUAUCGAAAAAUUUCAAAACCAAAUGAAAAUUAAGAAAGAAUUUCGUUAUAAAAAUGUGUUUGCUAAUUUUAUUGGAGCAAGACUUAGUUUUGAAACAACUACUGCAAAUCUACCCGAUCAAUUUAGCGCAAUAUUGCUGGACACUCCAGAAUUCCGAUAUUAUAAGACUAAAUCGAAUGGAACUGUAUUUACGGGCUUUGACUUUUUUCAUGCCAAAAUGAUCAUACGAGACAUGGCUCGUUUUCAUGCUUGCCCCAUUGCGAUGAAGAUAAAAAAUGAAAAAAAAUUUAGGAAAAAAGUUAUGUCUUUUUUAAAUCUGGAGGUGAAAGACUUUGAAAAAUUGCCGCCUUCUCAAUCGCUGUGCCACGAGCUACUUACUGAUGGACUAAAACAUAAGCCAGAAGUACUUCAUCAGAUGCCAUUUCUCAGAGAAUCUCUUCAGCUUUCGAGAUUAUCUGAAUGGAUUCAAGAAGAUCACGAAGAUAAGACUUGGCACACCUUAUGCCAUUCCAGAUACUGCAUUCCCAAUAUAAUAACCAGUUAUCCUAGCCGAGAGUUACCGCGGAGAAGCAAACUGCUCGAAUUGGGAAAGAGAUCAAUAGCUGAAAUUUUGAUCAGUGUAAAAGCAAGUUCUUGCGAAGGCUAUGACGAGACCGGACAACCAAUCUUAGGCGAAAACUAUCGCAGAAGAGUAAAAGUAGCCGUAAGGCUUGCUGCAGGAUUAAUGUAAUCCAAUAACAUGUUUUUGCAAUUGCUUUCUAAUCUUACGUUAUUUUAAAUGUAUUUCUCGUAAUCCGUUAAAAAAACACUCAUUGAACUAUUGGUUUGAAACAGAUAAAAAUCCGUUCAUAUUAAAGCCUCACAACAAAUACCUUUAAUCUCUGGUAAUUGUUGAAAUUCAAAUUACUGUAGAAUUAAGCACUAUGUGUAUGUAUUUUAAAGUGUAUUGUAAUUUUCUAUAAGCAAAACAUAUUUAAGACAAGAAUGGGUAUUUUUUAUACAGUUUAUUCUGUAUUAACUAAAAAAUCAGUUUUUAUUCAUGUAGUUUCAGAACGGUUUCUAUUACAACUCUCAAUUAUUUUGACGUCAACGGAUUGUAAAACGCAAAAUAAAUGCUAUUUAUUUUUGCAUUUUAUGUGUCUAAUUCUUUAAUAUCUGCAUUAAAAUGGAAAAGCAAUAUGUAGCAGGCAUUACAUAUAGACCAUAUUUCAUUUUUUAUUUCGUUUGAAAAUAGUGAAGUUAAGCCACUUAAAACUCUAAAAUAAUACAUGAAUAAAAUUUGAUAAAAAUUAUGUUGCUGUAAAAGUAAUAGAAUAUUUACAAUGAUUGUACUCAUUUGUAAUAAUGAAUCUAAUAAUAAGAAAAUUAUCAUUUUACGCUAUGUUACGCAUGAAUGUAGUAAGAUAGAAUAAGAAUAAUUUAGAAAUUUAUUAUUCGCGUACUUCAUUUAGCGCUGUUAACGGUAUAUACCUAUUUUAUCGGUUGUAAAGCAUUAUUUUAAGCCACUCCAGACUUUUAGAAAAUAGUAUAGACUGCGACGGAUUUAUACCUUUUAGUAAAAUGCAUAAUGUGUAAUUAAUUUUUGAAAUGUAAAUCUAAUAAACACUUUAUAAUAG